AUGUCGCGGUUUGGAGAAAACAAUGGCAAGGGCAUUAAGCCCCUGCCAAGAACAAUUCGAGUUCGCAUGUUUGACAACUCGGAAUUAAUCAGAAGGUUAAAGAGGACGACACUUAUCGGAAAGAUUAUGAAUCCUGACGUUCAGAGUGUUGGAUCACUAGUUUUGAUGAUGCCUAGAAUCUGGAAACUAGAGGGUCAAGUGGUUGGGAGGGACUUGGGAUUGGGAACGUUCAGGUUAGAUUUCGAGAGAGAGGAAGAUAUUCUUGAGGAUUUCCGGAGAAUAGGGAAUGAGCUAGGAACUGUUCAAACCUUUUCGGCUACUGUGCUUCUUGUUUUAGUCUUCGCCAUGAUGAAGAAUCUUGCCCACACAGCGACUUGCACAAUCAUGUUUCGACACAUGACGAGUGAUUCGAGUCAAUCGAACUAA